UGGCUGGAAAAGUGCAUUGCGUCGGCUGUCAAUAAUGGUCGAAUGUCAAAAGCUGAGCCAGUAGUGUCAGACUUCUGUUAAUAUAAGAAAAAAUACCGUCUUAAAAAAAUGGAGGAUGAUCUUCCGACAGAGUAUGAUGUCAUUGUGGUUGGAACAGGAAUGACAGAAUCAAUUGUUGCUGCAGCAGCCAGCAGAGUUGGUAAGAAAGUUCUUCAUCUAGACAGCAAUGAAUAUUAUGGAGGAUUAUGGGCAUCAUUCAACUUUGAAGGCUUCCAGAAGUGGAUGGAAGAAUGUAGACAACCAGCUAAGGCUACUGAUGAUGUUGAAUUAUCAGAUGGAAUACUGAGGAAUGGCGAGGCUGCUGUAAAGGCUGGAAAUCAAUUCUCAGUAAUAACCAAUAUUGAGGAGAAAUGGUGUAUCAUAGAGGAAGCUGCAGAUUCUGUGGAAGGACAGUCAUCCUCACAGCAUACUCAAACUGAUGGAACUGAUGAUGCAAAGGGUGAUGCCGAUGAAAAAGAAUCUGAACAAGGUGACUCAAAAAAGAAUGAAGAGAAGCAAAUACCACCACCUUCAAAGCAGUGGAGCCAGAACAGAGUUCGUAAGGAGUACCGCAAAUUCAAUCUGGAUCUAGCUCCUAAGCUGCUCUUUGCUCGUGGCUCAUUGGUGGAACUGCUUAUCUCGUCAAACAUAGCCCGUUAUGCAGAAUUCCGCAGUGUUACAAGAGUUCUCACAUGGUUGGAUGGUCGUUUGGAGCCAGUUCCAUGUUCACGAGCUGAUGUGUUUUCCACAAAGAAUGUAUCAGUUGUGGAAAAGCGUUUGCUUAUGAAGUUGCUCACAGCUUGUGUUGAGCAAGAAGAUGCAAGUAAAGAAUUUGAAGGAUUUGAAGAUAAGCCAUUUGUUGACUAUCUGAACUCAAAGAAGCUGACUCCAAACCUCAUGCAUUAUGUAAUACAUGCUAUUGCUAUGUGCACGGAAGACACUUCCUGUGACGAAGGCGUGGCACGCACACAGCGCUUCCUCAGCAGCCUUGGAAGAUAUGGAAAUACACCUUUCCUGUGGCCCAUGUAUGGUAGUGGAGAGCUACCCCAGUGUUUCUGUCGACUUUGUGCGGUGUUUGGUGGAUUGUACCACCUGAAGAGAGCUGUACAACACUUGCUAAUUGAAGAUGGAAAAUGCAAGGGCGUGGCUUCUGGGGGUCGCCGCCUUGAUGCGGUUAAUCUUGUGAUGGGUGUUGGUCACGCACCUGCGGAGUACUUGGCAGCAGCCAAGCCUGGAGGAUUGUCACGUGGGAUCUUUAUAACUGACAGGUCCAUUCUGCCAGCUGAUAAAGAAGCACUUACACUGCUAAGAUUUCCACCAGUUGAAGGUUCUAAAGAACCAGUGACUGUUAUUGAAGUUGGUCCAGCAACAAACGCUUGCCCACAAGGAUUGUAUGUUGUGCACAUGACAUGCCGACAACAAAAGACUGCUAGAGAAGAUAUGCAAGAAGUUGUGAAGAGUUUACUGCAUACUGAAUUUGAUGAUGGGACAGUUAGCCGUAUUGAUACAGAUACACAGUCUACACAAACUUCACAUCCGGGUGGUGAAGGAGACGGGGAAACAAAUGAGGAGAGUGCUACCCGCCCAACGGCAUUGAAGCCUCAGGUUUUAUGGUCUCUGUACUUCAAUUGUCCAGAGACUUCCAGCUGUGAUCUAACAACAGGAGUGCCAUCAAAUGUUUUUCUCUGCUCUGGGCCUGACCUGGACCUUGAUUUUGAACAUGCAGUUGCAGAGGCAAAGUCCAUCUUCAUGAAGAUGUACCCAGAUUGCGAAUUUCUGCCACGUGCUCCUGAUCCAGAGGAAAUCAUUCUGGAAGGUGAUGAUGCACCUGGACCUGCAUUUGAAAGUGGUGAUGCUGUUGAUGGUGAAGCUGAAGGAGAAGCGGGGGGUGAUGCUCCUCCAGCUGUUGAGGGUUCUUAAGAAGCUACACCUUCAGUCAAUAUCUGUAUAAUACUCCCACUGUGACUGAUCUUUAGGGAGCAAAUGGCAUUGGCACACAGUUAUUCCCUUAGCUUGAUACUGCUUCCAGAAUAUUAAAGCUUUGGGUGUUUCCUUGGAGUAUCAGUUAAGUUGCUAGUCACACUAUUAUAUUAUUUCAGUGUCACCUUCAAUGAAAUUAUUAUAAUUUCUAAACGUGACACUUUUUCUUCAAAGUGAAUGAUGAUAAUUCAUUAGACAUCAAUUUUGAAAGCAAAGAAUGAACUGUAGUACAUAACCCAAAGAGCUGCAAUGAAUGCUAAAUCAUUCCCUUGUACUUAUCAAUUAUGAUGUUGCACUACUUUUCUUCUAUUCUCAUUGGGAAAGUGAGGCUUGGAAAAGCAGUAAUUAUGGUGUGAUGGUACUUAUGUAUGACAGUGAAAGUUGCCUAGUAUGAGAAUUGUAAAAUCUUUCUUCAUAUUUUUAAGGAUCUCACUAUUUUGUAUGCAGGAAAUUAAAUAAAUGCCCUGAAGGCAUUGCCUGUGGCUUAUCUGAA